AAUAGAGAAGUGGUGUGAUAUUUAGGAGAAUGGAAAAAGCUAAUCUUAUUUAGUUCACAUUGUCUUUUCACUACAGACACAGUCUAAUUAUAUUGUCUCGGCAGAAUGAAGGUUUUGCUUGUUGUCAGCGCUCUUGUGGCUCUGGCCACUGCGGCCAGAAUCUCUUUGGAGGACCUGGAGUUUCAUGCCUGGAAACUGGAAUUUGGUAAGAUCUAUAAGUCUGCAGAGGAGGAGUCUCAACGUAAGAAUACAUGGAUAGAAAAUCGAAAGCUGGUUUUGGUACACAACAUGCUGGCUGACCAGGGCAUUAUGAGCUACAAACUUGGCAUGACCUACUUUGCAGACCUGAACAGCCAGGAAUACAGACAGUCUGCUUUUAAGGGCUGCCUGGGAGCCUUCAACAAGACCAAGAAACACAGUGCAGUAACAUUCCUCCGACAGGCAGGAGGAGCUGUUCUGCCAGAUACUGUUGACUGGAGGAACUAUGGCUAUGUGACUGAGGUUAAAAACCAGUUGCAGUGUGGUUCUUGCUGGGCCUUCAGUGCGAUGGGGGCACUGGAGGGUCAGACAGUCAGGAAAACUGCAAAACUGGUGUCACUCAGCGAGCAGCAGCUAGUAGACUGCUCUUGGAAAUUUGGUAACAUGGGCUGUAAUGGAGGCUGGAUGGACUCGGCCUUUGAAUAUGUAACUGAAAAUGGUGGAUUGGACACAGAAGACUCCUACACCUAUGAAGCUCAUGUGAGUGGAAAACUGAAACAAACUUUAUUAAAAGUUUGUUUAAAAUAAAAUAAAAUAAUAAUGUCAAAAAUAAAUGUCAGAAAUGUUGAUUUCUUUUACCUUUGUUGUAUGUCUUUAAUUAAAGGUGAUUUCUCAGCUCUCUUUCUAA